CUUGUGUCCCGAUCUACUGUUUUACGUUUAAAUGUUUCGAAUAAUUACUGACAUACCGGAAGGAUGGAAGCUCGCAGUUUGUGUUUUACUUGUCGCCGCCCGGGGCCGCGCUGACUGACAUAAGAAGCGCACCUUUAAAGAAACUCGCAAAGCAUCUUGGGAAAAGCAGCUCAGCACGUGGAAGCAAUAAUGACAUCAAUAUCACCUGUACGAGAUGCAGCUGAACAUGCAAGAAGGGCCGAUGACAAAACAGGCAGAUUGGAAAUGAAGUUCAUCAAUGCCUAUAAAGGACGAGGUGUGUUCACCACGACUCCUUUUAAAAAAGGAGAUUUUGUGGUGGAGUACAGAGGGGUUUUGAUAAACUCUGAAGAAUCAAAAAGGAGGAGGGCACUGUAUCAUAGUGCAUGUGCUGUCUACAUGUUUGAUUUCUUGUGGCAUGGAAGAUGGUGGUGUAUUGAUGCAUCCCAAGAGAAGAACAGUCUUGGAAGAUUAGUCAAUGAUGACCACAUAAAUCCAAAUUGUACAAUGAAGAAGAUAUUGGUAGAUGGAAAGCCACACCUGUGCUUAUUUGCCAACAAGGAUAUAAACCCUGGAGAGGAAAUAACUUACAACUAUGGAGGAAAUGACUGGCCAUGGAGGGAGAAGGUUGACAAAGAACCAAAUGUGACUGAGGGUGUCGAGGUUGAGCAUGCUGGCUCAUCAGAUGAAGCUCCACCCAUGUCCAAGUCCUCCAAGAAAAAGGUUGACAAAGAACCAAAUGUGACUGAGGGUGUCGAGGUUGAGAAUGCUGGCUCAUCAGAUGAAGCUCCACACAUGUUCAAGUCCUCCAAGAAAAAGCAACUACUUUCAAGGUCUUCACCUGAUUCCAGCUCUUCGGAUGAGGAUCACUUGCUCACCCCUAAGUUAAGAAGGACCAAACGUAUUCAGAUGAACAAACCUGAUUAUUUUGAGUCCGAUGACCUGUCUGACUCUUCAUCAAAUGAGAGUAGAGAUGAAUAUGUCCCUAAAAGUUGUGAGGAAUACUCUGAAGAUACAGACACAAGUGAGAUUAUGGAGAUUGAUGAUCAGAAAAGUCUUUGUCUCAGAGUUUUUAGGAACAUUGAAGAUUUCGCAGCUGUAAUGGAGCAAAACAAAAACAAUUCUACCAACCAAGGAUUUCAGAGAGGACGUUCACCUACAAAAAAGUGUAAAGAAUCUCAAACAAAAUACAAAAGGCGACAUUUCAGUCCUUCAAGCUAUCACACUAAAUCCAUAGCUAAGGCUCGAUCAAUUGAUCAUAGUGAAAGUUCAAGUGAAGAAGGUACUUCUGCUACAUCGGCAUCUGUUGCAGAAGACAAUGACCAAUCAAGUCCUUCCUCUUCAGUUGUACAGGAUGGAUUCCCUAAUGUUCCUCCUCUCGUAUCUGCCAUUGAGAAAACUGAGAGUGGGUCACGCAUUUACAACAAAAGACACUACUGUUUGUACUGUAAAAAGGGAUUCGCAAAAAUUGCAAGACAUUUGGAGCAUGUUCAUUAUGACAAACCCGAGGUUGCAGAAGCCAUAGUUUUUCCUAUAGGCUCCAAGCAGAGAAAGUUACAUUUGGAACAUUUGAGAAAUAGGGGGAACUUUGCCCACAAUGUUGAGGUACUAAAUAGUGGUACUGGAACACUCGUCCCACGUAAGCAACCAAGCACAACAACUGAAUCACAAAAAUAUCUCCACUGUAUCUAUUGUCAAGGAUUGUUCAUGAAAAAAAUUCUCUCUAGGCACUUGACAACCUGCAAGUUUAAACCAAGGACUAUCAAGACACCAGGCAGAACACGUAUCCAGUCUCUUUGUGGCUUCGCUGUACCCCCUCCCCCAGGCGUAAAGAGAGAGUUCUGGAACAUGUUACACAACAUGCAUGGAGAUGAAGUUUACAAUGCUGUAAAGUCUGACGAACUCAUCAUAGAAUAUGGGCAGCAUCUUUACAGCAGACUUGGAGAUGAUGCUUCAAGACACGAGUAUAUUCGCCAAAAACUGAGAGAACUGGGAAGAUUGUUGAUUAAUUCAAGGAAAACAACCCCCAUGAAGACAAUUGAAGAUCAUAUAAAGCCUGGAAAGUUCAUGCUGGUUGUAGAAUCUGUUAAAAACCUAGCUGGUUUUGUUGCUGAAACAAGCACCUACAAAAGCCCAAGUCUUGCUUUGAAGAUUGGACAUAGCUUGAAAACAAUAUCAGAGCUUGUUGAAAGUCGUGAAAAUGUACAGGGGAAUUCCAGAGCAGCCAGAGAUGCUCAUGCGUUCCGAAUUCUCUAUGAUUCCAGUUGGAAUAAGUUUGUCUCACCUGCAUCGCUAAGGACACUGCAGGGAUCAGAAUGGAAUGCUCCACAGCUGCUUCCCUUCACUAAAGAUGUGCAGACUCUUCAUUUGUAUCUCAGUGAACAACAACAACGUUUAUACAAUGAACUGUCAGCAGAAGCAUCUCCAAAGACCUGGAGAAAUCUGUGUAAAGUCACCCUUACUCAGGUGAUUCUGUUCAACAGGCGGCAUGCCAGAGAAAUAUCAAAAAUGCCCCUUUCUGCGUAUCAGUCCUCAAAUCCCAGUAGUGAUCAGGAUGAUCUAAAAGAGGCUUCAUCUGACCUUGAAAAAAGACUGUUUGAACAUUUCAGAAGACUUGAAAUCAAAGGAAAAAGAGGCAGAAAGGUACCAGUCCUAUUGACUCCAGAAAUGCAGCAGUCAUUGGAUAUGCUCAUUAGCAAACGGCAAAAAUGUGGGGUCCCUAAAGAAAACAUACACUUAUUUGCAAGACCAUCAGCCAUGAGCUCUUAUCGUGGUUCUGACUGCCUUCGCUACUUUGCAAACGACUGUGGCGCCAAAAGACCAGAUAGUCUCACGUCAACAAAACUGAGGAAGCAAAUUACAACUCUUUCUCAGAUCUUAAACCUCAGCAAUAUGGAGUUGGAGCAGCUAGCUAAUUUCCUUGGUCACAAUAUCAACGUUCAUCGCCAGUUCUAUCGGCUCCCGGAAGGCACUCUUCAGCUAGCUAAACUCAGUAAAGUCCUCAUGGCCCUAGAGAAAGGGCAUCUUGCAGAGUUUGAAGGCAAGAACCUUGAUGACAUCGCCAUUGACCCUGAAGAAACUGUGAAGUUGGACAGUGAGGAAGAGGCAGAGUUUGAGGCUGAUGCCGAGGAGGAUCAAGUUGCAUCCACUGAGGGACAGAUGCCAGAUGUGGACAACAAAAAUGCUCAAACACCUUCACAAGCUUUUAUAAGCAAGUCGCCCAAGAAGGCUAAAGGUCGCCAACCACGCAAGAGGAGGGCUUGGAAUGAAGAGGAGAUCCAUGCAGUCGAAAAGCACCUGAUGGUGUUCAUCAACAACAGUCGAAUUCCAGGGAAAGCAGACUGUGACAAGUGUUUAAAACAGGAACCUGUUGCUCUCAAACACAGAAAUUGGCUGGCGAGAGACAGGAGGAAAGCGAGGAGAGGCGGAGGAACAUUCCAGAACCACCGCAGACAGCAACUUUCCGUCCAGCACAAAGUCGAGAGGAGAGAAGAGGCGCGGACCGAGGCGAGCAGAGGCCGCUCUGUGUCCGACCUCAGAGAUCCUCAAUGUGACUCUGUGUUCGGGGGAACCGUUCCCGCCCCGCGUUCCCGCAGCUCAGUCCGUGUCUGCGUGGCGGAGCGGGCGGCCGCGUCGCAAUUCCUGACGCGACGCAAGCCCGACGUCAAGACGCACUGA